GGGGCCAUAAAAAGAGUGAGGGAAUUUCGAGGAACUGGCCAAUUACAAACUUCCCGGGCGAUACAAGAUACUGGAUUGAGUGGGCCAUCGAGGCAGUAGCGCCGUCGAGGCGGCAUUCGAGAUCUGCGGCCAAAUGAGUUCGGUACGGCAACACGAGCGACUAAGCGAGACCACCUGUCGCCAUAUGCUGCUGGCUCUGUUUAUGUUGGGUAUUUGCGCGGCACGGACGCAGGCAUUCGGCUUCGAUUGGCUGACUCCCAUGCCAGACGGCACCAUCGAUGAGUGCCACGACGAGUAUCUCCUGGCUUACGCCAAUGCCUCGCUGGCCUUCGCUGAUGCAUUUGAUCUGUGCGAGAAGACGGCCAACGAGACCAAGAUUGAGCUCUCCAUCGACGAGAAACUGGAGCGAAUGCAAAUCGAGCUAGGAGCCAGCGAAGUGUGUGGCAAUCUCCAGAUCUGUGACACCUUGGAGAAUAAUCUCGAUUACUUCCAGUGCAUCAGCGAUAACGGGAGUCGCAAUCUGGACAUUCUCACUGAAAUCACAUUCAAUGCCACAAGUGCGCAAACGCGAUUGCGGGAGGACUACGAUGAGGUGUAUCGCACCUAUCUACUCUGCACCCUGGACGCCCAAAGGACCUACAUGGAAGAGCUGCGCCAGGCCUACAGGGAACUCAGUCAGUGCCGAGACGAAGCAUACGAUUAUUUAGAUUAAAGAGCACACAUCUGUGCGGUAGCCUAGCCCAAACUUUAAUGUUCCUCA